AUGACUUCUCCCGGUCUGUCUAUUACCCAACUUAACUUGCAUCACAGCAAGGCCGCCUCUACAGUUUUUCGGAGGAACAUGUCUGCGUGGCACACAGGUCUAUGGCAAGUAUGCUUCCAAGAUUUUCAAGACACUCAACAUUUGUACGACACUAGGUUUACUGGCUGUUGGUGGGUCUUUGAAGAAGAAUACUACAUCUUACACGACAUUGUGCUACCACCCUUUUUCGUGGCCACUCAAUUCAUGUUCACACUAUGCUUCACAUUGCUUCUGAUUGGAACUUUUUUGACAGCAAUGUACACAUGCUGUUCUCGCCAGCACCACAAAUAUCAGUUGCUUCUUUGGACGAAUGGAGCAAUGUUGACUCUCUCUGGAGUUAGUGGUAUCAUAGCGGUAUUGAUCUUUGGCGGUCGUGGUGAUUAUCGAGACUGGAUGCCAAACUGGCAGCAUAAUGACAUUGGCUGGUCUUACGCUCUGGCAGUGAUUGGCAGCUUUAUUCUGCUUGCCUCAGGAAUUCUUUUCCUGGUUGAAGGUCGUCGACACAGGAAAAAGAUCGAGAAAAUCUUAAACGAAGACCAAAAAACACAUACCACAAUUUAAUUGGAAUGAUAUACCUUGUAAAAAGUUGACUUUUGUUUUUUGACAAUGUUAUAAGCACUGCAUCUGAAACAUAACUUCAAUACAGCAGCGCAGCCUUACAUAUUUAGUAGUCUUGCUUCACUGCCUUUUCGUGCAGACUUUUUUUUAGACGUAAACGAUUGGUAUAUUUUAUGACUGCAUACAAAAAGCAUAUGCAACCCGUAAAUUAUCAGGACUUGAGACCGAUAUAAUUUAUAAUCUUCGUGGAUUCCAAAAUUUUCCCAAGAGCUUCCAUGAAAUCCUUUGUACAUUAAACAUAUCAAUUGCAAGCAUUGGGGCACAUGAAAAAGAGAUUGAAGAUCUGUUCGAACUACUUGUUGGAAAACACACACACACACAUCUAGUAUUAGGGCAUAAAUAUUAUUGACUCAAUGCAAAAAUAGACAUCUCAGAUAGGAGAAUGAAGAUCUGUUUAGACUGUAAGUUUGGCAAAUCUCUGAGUUCAGAAUUCAUUCUUCCACUCAUGAUCGGUAUGCAUGUGAUUACUUGCCGAUAUUCUAUUGAAAAAAUACUAAUGACCCAGAACUCAAAAGAAAAGUUCAGGUACUAAUAAAAUAUAUGGUUUUAAUGAUUCAUAUUAUAAAGUCUAAAACCUAAAAAAAUAAAAAUUAUGAUUCAAUGAUAAUUUUCAAAAAAUUACUGUUAAUUAAUUUUAAAGGUACUUACGUUGUACGCAAGACGUAAUUUAAAUCAAUAUUGUAAGUCCAAAUUAACUUUAUGUUGCCGGUUUAAUUACUUGUUCUCAGAUCUUUUAAUAUUGAAUAGUUGAUAUGAAUGUAAUCCGUCCUUAGUCGUACAAUUUAGAUCAACUAUAUAAUAAGCGUCGGCGCAUAUAUAUUUAUAGCAAAAGCAAUUGUAAAUAUAAUUAAGUAUAAGCAUAGUGCCUUUGACUAAUGAAUAUUAUUGUAUUUUAUUAAAUGAAACGUUAACUUAAAUACUCUGUAAUGUUAAUGUUCUGUUUGCACUUUUGUAUCAAACAUAUUACAAAACCUAAUAAAGGUAUUUAUUUAACCAAA